UCUUUACAAACACAACUGCUUCAAAAUCAAAUAGCACUCGCAAUUUUUCUAGAGAGAAAAAAAAAAAAAAAAAAGAAGAAAGUCGGCAAACAGUAAACUGUUCUUUAAUUUUCUUUCCCCAAAUCAAGGCUUUCUCGAUUCUUCUUAUUCUUCUUUGUCUUCUGUUUCAAGAUCUGAUCCAUAUGGAUACCACCACAAUGAAGGGUAGUCUGCUGGCAUUUACAGAUGAUUCAGUUCUCUCAAUUAACGCUGUUUCUACUGCAGCGAGUGAGCUUGGUUUUCAAGGGGUUGAACAAUGUGAUUCUAAAAUCAUCACUCAAGCAUCUUCUUUGAAUCAGCUGUCUGUGGAGUCUUCCUCUUUCGAGACUGUAAUUUGUAUCUGUAGAUCAGUUGAAUUUCCCACUGACCGGUUGUUUGACGAAAUCUUAAGAGUAUUGAAGCCUGGUGGGACAAUCCUAGUUCAUAAGAAUCCUCAGUCUACUGUGGGGGAAACAGAUAAGAUAACCUCUGCUCUUGAGCGCAAGUUACUGUUGGCGGGUUUCUUAGAAGUGGGAGUUCUCAAAUCAACGGUUCCAUCCGAAGUUCAGUCUUUUGGGGUUAAGGCUAAGAAACCUUCGUGGAAGAUUGGCUCUUCAUUUGCCAUAAAAAAGGCCACCAAAACUUUACCUAAAGUCCAGAUUGAUGAUGAUUUUGAUCUGAUUGAUGAAGAUAGCUUAUUAAGUGAAGAGGACUUGAAGAAACCACAGCUACCACAGGUUGAUGAUUGUGAAGUUGGAAGCACUAGGAAAGCUUGCAAAAACUGCACAUGUGGAAGGGCUGAAGAAGAGCAGAAAGUACAGUUGGGAUUCACUGCAGAGCAGAUCAAUAAUCCUCAAUCAGCAUGUGGCAGUUGUGGACUGGGGGAUGCUUUUCGGUGCAGUACAUGCCCUUACAAGGGUCUUCCACCAUUCAAGCUUGGUGAGAAGGUAUCGCUAUCUGGGAACUUCCUUGUAGCAGACAUAUAGGAAUGAUGAUUCAGAUACAUUCAAACAGGCUCACUGUUAAUGGUUCUGUCUGCAUUAAAAAAAAAAAUUAAAAAAAAAAAGGUUCUGUCUGUAUUCAUGUUGCUGGCUAUAAUUCAAUCUUUAUCUGGUGCCCCCCAAAACAUUAGAAGUUUUGAGAUGUUAGGUUUUGAAUUACUGGCUAGCUUAAGUUUAUUGCAGACAAAGACAUGCCCUGUUGUGGUUUAUGAUUGUCGACAAUGUCUUAAUGAGAAAAUAAUGACUUUUGUUCUGAUGACUA